ACGGCAGUACCGACGGAAGCGGUGCUGAGGCAUCUGAGGCAGCACUUUGUCAAGGAGCGCCUGAUUGGCUAACGGGACUCUGCAAUGGUUAUCUGGGUCCUACUGAGUACAAGCUGCUUUCCUGUUGGCAUGAACACUUCUUACUGUCUUUUUUCCAAAGAACUCUUUCAAAAUAUUGAAAACAAUCUAACCACUUUUCCUUGUAAUCUUAGCCAAGUGGAGCAAGUGCAAUGAAACCUUUAUGGGAUAAUUAUAUGCCUGUGUAAUUAUAAUGUUUAUGAGUCCAAGUUUGCUAAACUGAAACAUAAAAGUGAGACUGCAAACUCAUUCUGUUUCUUACCUGGUCAUUUAAAGUAUGAUAAUGUUUUUGAAAAAAUCAUGUUUGAACACCUUAGGUCUAAACCAGCUUGACAUCUUAACAAAUGGAAAGGAAAUUGGUAUAAAGCAUUGCUAAAGGCAUCACCUUGUUCUGCAGUAUUUUCCAGAACAACCUAAUAUGACUCAUAAAAUAAAUUUGUUGUAAUAAUUCACCAUAAUAAUACUAUAAUGACUGUACAAAUAAUAGAGUUACAUUAAUGUCGGAGAACCUGAAAAAAGCUUUUAAAAGUGACAUCAUCUCAUCAUUCAAUGGGAAAUAAAUAUACCAAUUUCAGGGUUAACAAGUAAGUCAUUGUUGCCCCAAACAGUCUCCUGUAAAGCAGAGUAUUUAAAAGAUAACCUCAAGGGCUUUGGUGUGUUCAGGGCAGCAAUAUUCUUAGAGUUAGCUUGCAGUGACCAGACGUUCUAGAAUGAAUCAAUGGGAAUAAAUACCAAUUAUGUGUUUAUUAGAAAGAAUUAAAUUGAUCAAGUAAUGGUAAUUCCCAGUCUAUCAGCUCUGAGUGAUGAUGCUACAUGUUAUUUUUUUACAGGUGCUUUAGGCCGUGUCCAAAGCCAUCAGAGUGUAUGGCAAAGGCAAUAUGGAGUAGUAAGACAGAUUUAGACUGGCUUAGUAACCCAAGCUUCUCUGCAGAAGAUGCACUGUUACUGCACCAGCGCACUACAGAAGCUGCCAAUCUCAUUCCUGAAAAAUCACCGUUAAUAAGGACUUCUUCAAGAUCUGAGUUGUCAGAGAAGAGUGAUACUGAUGAGAGUUUGAAACAGACAGGUAAGAAAAGAAAAAAGAAAAAGAAGCAUCAUCAUCACAGUAAGAAGACAAAAAAGAAAACCAAAGGGGAUUCCAGUAGCAGUGAAUCGGAUGUGGACACUAAGCACGUCAAGGACAAAGGAAGUGGCAAAAGUAGUGGAAAGGAAGCAGCAGCAAGUCUAGGUAAGAAAGCAUCAAAUGUUACCAGCAGUCGCUCUAUUUGGCUGGAUGAUAUCCAGGCCCCCACAGCAGACACCUUCCGGAUAGACAAAAAGCCAGACCCUGCAAACUGGGCCUACAAAUCCUUGUAUCGCGGGGACAUUGCAAGGUAUAAAAGGAAAGGAGAGUCCUGUCUUGGCAUAGAUGCAAAGAAACAGUGUAUAACUUGGGAGAGUUCUGCAUCAAAAAGGAAGCAAGGACAGAGUCGACCUGAACGCUACUUUACAAAGAACAAUGUGAAGAUGCUGAACACAGAUGGGAUUCUUGUUUGUAAUAAAAAUUCUCCAUCUGAUCCACCUGCUUUUAUACCAGUUUCUCAAGUGGAAACUGAUGACUCUUCUGAUGCAACAGAAGUAAAUCCUCUUGGGAUUUAUGAUACAUCAACCACAGUGUGGCUACAAGGAAAAGGGUGCAAGAGUGCAGAUAAUGAGUCUGUAAAUACACAGCAAACAAUUCAAGAGCCUGGGAUAAACAUGAACUCUAUUUUAAUGACAAAAGUGGAAGAAUAUAACAAGAAAGUCAGAGAAAACCCAAGAGAUAUUAAUGCUUGGAUGGAAUUUAUUUCCUUUCAGGAUGAAUUAAUGAGAGGACCUGGCCCUUAUGCCAGUAAGGGAGAACAGGAAUCAAAGAGAAAAUCACUCAAGUUAAUCUUGGAAAAGAAACUGGCCAUUUUAGAGAAAGCAAUUGAAAGCAAUCCAAGUAAUGUUGAUCUGAAACUCGCCAGGCUGAAGCUUUGUGCGGAAUUCUGGGAGCCACCAGCUUUGAUCAAAGAAUGGCAGAAGCUAAUUUUUUUACAUCCCAAUAAUCCAGAGAUGUGGAAGAAAUACCUUCUGUUCUGCCAAAGUCAGUUCACUACUUUUUCCGUUUCAAAGAUCAACAGUCUCUAUGGAAAAUGUUUGACAACACUGGCAGCUGUACAGGAUGGCAGCAUGGUAUCCCAUCCUCUGCUGCCUGGCACAGAAGAAGCCAUGCUGGCUAUAUUUAUUCAGCAAUGCCACUUUCUGAGACAGGCUGGCCAUUCUGAGAAGGCAGUGUCUUUGUUUCAGGCUCUGAUUGACUUCACCUUCUUUAAACCUGACAGUGUAAAAGAUCUGCCAACAAGGGGACAGGUGGAAUUUUUUGAACCCUUUUGGGAUAGUGGAGAACCACGAAUUGGAGAAAAAGGAGCAAGAGGCUGGAAAGCAUGGAUGCACCAACAAGAAAAGGGUGGCUGGGUUGUUAAGCCUGAUGAUGAGGAUGAUGAAGAGAUAGAUGAGGAUGAAGAAAUAAAAGAUAAAACUCUUCCCAAAUGGCGUAUUUGGUUGGAUAUUGAAUAUUCCCGUGAGGCAAGGCACUGGUUACCUUGGAGGCCAGACAAAACCAAAAAGGAAACUGAAGAAGAUUGUGAAGAUCCAGAAAGACAGGUGUUAUUUGAUGAUCUUGGACCAUCUUUAAUCCGUCUUUCUAAUCCAAAACUUCAACAUCAACUACUGUACUCUUUUUUGCAAUUCCUGGGAGUUCCAUGUACAAGUAAACUCUUUCCUUCCAGUCUCUAUAUUGCCAUGGAUGAAAAUAACAUCUUUGACAGUGUGCUUUAUGAUGAUAAACCGCUGACUUCUGUUGAUUUUCCACUUUCUGGAUUCAACAGUAUUGGUCACAUGGAUACGAUGUCACGAGGCAGACAUCAGAUAGGCCACUAUAAAGAAGGAGAGGAGUUCAUACAGAAUGUCUUCCAUGUUCUGUCCCAGAUAUUUACAGGAAAGGAAAAAUCUAACCUGGCCAUUUGUUGGCUACAAUAUGAAAUAUCAAAGGUAAUUCAGUGUCUCCAAGCAAAAAAGAAAAAGAAGCUAAAAGCACAAGGGAGGAAGAGUAAAAAGUUGGCCAAGAAUUUCCUUAAAGCAGCUGACAACCGAAACAACCUUUCUCUCUGGAAACUCUAUGCCUACCUAGAAUGGCUGCUUGGUAACACAGAUGAUUCCAGGAAGGUGUUUGACACAGCUCUUAGCACAGCAGGGACAGGAGGAUUGAGGAGUGCCCAGCUCUGCAGCCUCAGCCUGCUUUAUGCUCAGCUGGAAGUAGAACUGCUAGAAAGCAUAGAAGGAGCUGUUAUGUCACGUGCUGUUCAUAUAUUGACCAAACUGACUGAAAAUGGACCAUAUGUGCCCUACAGUGGCCAAGUGUUACCUGUGAAUGUCCUGAAAGCUCGUAAAACAUAUGAGCACGCACUGCAGGAUUAUUUAAGCAGAACACCAGUUUCUGAUCAGGAUCAGGUCAAUGAUACUGAUCAGCUGGUUAACCUGGUUGGUUGUUACGCACUGUUCCAGUAUCUGACUGUUGGGAUUGAUGCUGCAGUAUUAAUAUAUACACAGGCUUCAGAAAAACUUGAAGUUUCUGGUUCACAGAAAUGUGAAAAUACUGGAGAGAAUUCUGGCAUUCUAAAUUUUCCCACUGCUCUUGAAGCUGUCACACUGCUGCAUACAAAUUUACUGAGAUUCCAUAUGAAAAUUAGUGUUUAUCCUUUGAAUCCCCUGCGAGAGGCACUAACGGAGGCUCUGAAACGGUAUCCUAGCAACCAAUCUCUUUGGAGGUCAUACAUCCACAUCCAAAGGAAGUCUCACAGUGCGAGCAAAGCACGAAGAUUUUUUGAUAGUGUCACAAGGUCUACUAACUCCUUAGAGCCGUGGCUGUUUGCAAUCCAAGCAGAGCAGAUGAGAAAAAAACUCACAGAGAAGGUCCAGAGGGCAGAUGUUGGUGAAAUACAUUGUACUAUUCCUGAAACUGGAUUAACAAAUCGGAUUGUAGCUCUAUUUGAACAUGCAGUUCAGAGUGAAAAUGGUACCCAUUGUCCGCUGCUAUGGAGAAUGUAUUUGAACUUUGUGGCUUCACUAGGAAAAAAAGAAAAAAGUAAAGGAUUGUUUUAUAAAGCCCUUCAAAACUGUCCUUGGGCAAAGGUACUCUAUAUGGAUGCAGUAGAGUAUUUCCCCAAUGAUCUGCAAGAGACGCUCGAUCUAAUGACUGAAAAAGAACUGAGGGUGCGGGUACCUAUGGAAGAGCUGGAUCUACUACUAGAGAUUUAAAAGAAAACUGUAGCAGGGUGGGUGAAGUACAGAAGCUGCUUCCAAAGCUAACAAUUAGAUCCAUGUCUUUUCAUACAGGAACUCUGUUGGGACUUGGGUACUAUGUACUUGAUAUAUUUUGUUAUUAAAUGUUUUAUAUAAAUUCCUGUCAAAAUGGAGUUCUACUAUCUGCAAAUAUUCUGGAAUCAAGGACUGCAUUUUGUUGACAACAAUGGAUCCAUUUCUCUGAAGUAUUGCUGGCUCCCACAGAAGGAUACCCUCUUUAAAUAGCCUCCUGUUGGAAGUUGCCUGCACUUCUUAUUCUGUUGUUUGAAAUUACAUUCCCUAGGGUUCAGUAGAGGUUCAGUACAUGCCAACUAUGGCUUGGUGAGCAGCAUAGGAAAUAAACAUCUGCCAAAUGGAUGCUCCACUGUCCUCCACUUGGCAGACUUCAGUAAUUUCCUUCAAUGUGGUAUGCCUGUGUAUAUGUAACUGCCAAGUCAAACAGCCAUUACAUCUGUACAUAUACUGUGAAUAAAAGCUAAAUUUUUGUUUGAGUAGGCACCUGUUUUGGUAUGCUUUGACAGAUGACUGUUUUAAUAUAAAUAUUUCUGGAAAAUACCUGAAUAUUUGACAAUUCAAAAGUAACUUGUUUUAUUUAUUGAUUUAAUAGAACUCUUGAGUGUAUUAAAAAUUAAAGAGAAGUAGAGGUUUGAUCUGUAUCUGAUUCUCAUCAAGAAGGCAUAGUCUUCUAUGAUUAUUUAAAAAGUGGCUUAUAUUCCAAGAGACAUUUAGCAAACUCCUAGAGAAGUAAUAUGAAAUAUGGUAACAAUUUAAAGAUACAGUUAUGUUACCUAUUUAUUUUGUAAAACAGAACAUGCUGAAAUAUGGAAAGAAUUAUUUAGCAUCCCUGCUCUUGAGACCCAAGGCCUUAGAAACUGGAUUUUCAUCUGAAGCAAGUAUACCUGUAGCCACAGAAUACCCAAAACUGCUUCAGACAUUUUUCAUGAGAAAACUAAUUGUCACUAGCAGCACUAAAGCAAUUGGGAUCAUCCAGCUGGUGAGAUCCUAUUACACAUGAAACUAUGUCUGGACCAAGAUGUACAACUUCUAGCUCAGGUCUGCCACCAUGGUACAAGAUAGAAUGCACUUUAGUUCAGGUUGCAUUUCAUUUAUUCCUUUCUAAAAUGAUUUUAAAUAUUGCAGGAAAUAGCUAUAAUUUUAAAUGGCAUUACAGCACUUUUCAAGAGCCUUAUAAUACUGAUGUAGUUGCAAGUGAUGCUGGUUUGGCUGUAUCAAUUUGUCUUUGUGAAAAAUAUAGUUUAUUUUUUAAAUCUUUACUGUCUACAAAAGUGACAGAGCUCCUGAAUUGGAGGUAGAAGUUACUCUGUACCAUAAACAGUAACAUGACAAAUUAUGCCCAUGUUUGUUAAUGCUUUCCCAUCUCACAGCAGAAUGCCUUUUCCUCUAAAGACCUGAAAGGGCCAUGGGGAGGGGAGAAGCUUGAUUGUGCCUCCUGCUUAGAGUUACAGAGGAACCCAGGUUGAGAAGGGCCUGGAAAGAUCAUCUAGUCCAGCCUUGUGUGGGACAGGGAGCCUAGAUGCGAUUAACAAGCUCUCUCUGCAGUCACAUUUGAAAACUUCCAGUGAUGGCAGCUAUGACUUCUGUAUCUGUCUCUUUUCUUCCGUGCAUCCUGUCCUAAGUCCUUUCCUUUGCAGUUUAUCCCAAAGCAGCACUUGGGCUGCUGCUUCCUUGCUUUUGAUGGUCAGAGGCUUCCUGGAGCAAGUCCUGCCUUUUAAUUCAGACCCCAUUAGCUUUACUGUCCUUGUGGGGAAUUACUUGCUGUUCACUUUCUCUUGAUAUUUAUUACUUCUGUCUUGAUCGCCAAGUUCAGAAACUCUGGCAAAAGUGGCAGCAGUUAAAUUCUGCUGCAAAAGCUCAAAACUGAAUUUUCAAACGUGUGUUUUUCAGUUCCUGUGGUGGCAGACAGGGUACUGGAACCGAGUCCUUGGGUUCAUUUAAUGCAAUGCAGCUGUUCUUCAGGGAGCUGAACCCAUCUCUUUGUGGCUGUUGCUUUGAGCCAGCAGUAACAGCCAUGUCCCAAAUAAAAAGUGCCUUGCUUGCCACACAUGUCAUAAAGCGCUUCAGCCCCUCAAGCAACAGUGAGAUCAACUGCCAUGAUUAGAAAGUGCUAAAAAUCCCUAGCUUUUUAUGACCUUUCCAAGGAGACAGAUCUCCUAAGGUUUAUAAGAAUGGGUAAUAAAACUUGUUUUUCUAGCUCCAGAUGAAAAACAAUUCUAUUUUAGGAUUUCUGUCAUCCAGAUUAAACAAAGGACUCCAUUCAUCUGUAGGGUUCAUUUUUAACAAUGAGCCACAUAAUUUUUACAUAGAAAAAUAGAAUCUCUUGGCCCUGCUGCUGCCAUUGUUGUUGCAGCACCGACAGUGAGCAAAGGCCUGGCUCUGGUGUAAUUCUCCACCGUCUGUUACUGGCCUGCAUUUGCUCCCACAGAAAGGUCCCAGAAAAAAAGACUGCACAUUGCAUAACUGGUUUGUAUGUGGAACUUUUAUAUAAACCUUAAAGAUCACGUGUACAACAUUUGGAAAUUAAUUACUUAGAACUUAACAAGCCCUUCUCAGAAGCAUACUACACAGGAUAAUUCAUAAGCGGUAUAUGCAUGGCUACAACUGAGCCAACGCACACACAGCCCCUGUGGGAAUGGAGCAGUAACAACAGAACUGUGUAGAGGGGAAGAAGUCAGGGUUCUGCUGCAGAACACCAAGCAUGGGACCAUGUAGUUAGAAUUCCAGACCCUGCACCUCUAGCACUGGGGCUGGUGCCUGAUGAGUGUGCAUAUCCUGCCAUGGGCAGCAUGAGGCCCUUGAACCUGUAACUACUGUGUUGGUUCUUUUCAGAGACAUUCUCUAGCUUGGAUGUUUAUCUAAUGAACUGAAACCCAUUUAGGAAAACAAAUUUAUAAACUAAUCCAAACAUGUUUAGAUGUUUAAGAUAAGAUUACUAAGUGCUAGAGAUGGGUACCAAAAGUGUAUCUCAGUGUUACUCAGGGUUGCAUAUUUGUAACUGAUUUUCUUGUAUAAAUGACUGAUGACACAGGUUGCUCAAAAGUGACACUAGUCCUAGUAAGCACCCAAAAAAGAUAUAAGAA